UGCAAAACACAGGCUGGUUCAGUUUUUUCCACGAAUCAAAAAUGGUUGGAGAAAUAUUGAAUAAGAGAGAGAGAGAGAGAGAGAGAGAUAGAGUUUCAGAGUUGACACAACAUUGAAGUAAACUAAACUCCUAACCUCUUUAUCUAUGUGUAUAUAUAAAACUCAAAAGUACAUAUAAUCUUCACCAUUCACACAUAGUCACAUACCAAAGCAAAAACAUGGAUCGUUGCACGUCGUCGUUUUUGCUUCUCACAUUGGUCUCUACCUUGUCCAUUCUCCAAAUCUCCUUUGCUCAACUUGUUCCAGCAAUCAUGACAUUCGGUGACUCUGUAGUUGAUGUCGGCAACAACAACUAUCUUCCGACCCUUUUCAGAGCUGAUUAUCCUCCUUAUGGCCGUGAUUUCGCUAACCACAAAGCCACCGGUCGUUUCUGCAACGGCAAAUUAGCCACUGAUAUAACUGCUGAGACUUUAGGCUUCACUAAGUACCCACCAGCUUAUCUAAGUCCUGAAGCUUCUGGUAAGAAUCUUCUCAUUGGUGCUAAUUUCGCUUCUGCAGCUUCAGGUUAUGAUGACAAAGCUGCUCUUCUCAAUCACGCGAUCCCGUUGUAUCAGCAAGUAGAGUAUUUCAAGGAAUACAAGAGCAAGCUAAUAAAAAUUGCAGGAAGCAAAAAAGCUGAUUCGAUCAUAAAGGGAGCAAUCUGUCUCUUAAGUGCAGGAAGCAGUGAUUUUGUUCAAAACUACUAUGUGAAUCCUCUGCUUUACAAAGUUUACACUGUUGAUGCAUACGGAUCUUUCCUUAUCGAUAACUUCUCUACAUUUAUCAAGCAAGUGUAUGCGGUUGGAGCAAGGAAGAUCGGUGUGACAUCUCUGCCUCCAACAGGAUGUCUUCCCGCUGCAAGAACCCUUUUCGGUUUCCAUGAAAAAGGCUGUGUUUCAAGACUCAACACAGAUGCUCAAAACUUUAACAAGAAGCUUAACGCUGCUGCUUCAAAGCUUCAGAAGCAAUAUUCCGAUCUUAAGAUUGUUGUCUUCGACAUCUACUCUCCACUUUAUGAUCUUGUUCAGAACCCUUCCAAAUCCGGAUUCACGGAAGCAACCAAAGGAUGUUGUGGAACAGGAACAGUCGAGACAACUUCACUCUUGUGCAACCCGAAAUCGUUUGGGACAUGCUCCAAUGCUACUCAGUAUGUGUUCUGGGACAGUGUGCAUCCUUCUGAAGCUGCCAAUGAGAUUCUUGCCACUGCCCUAAUUGGACAGGGCUUUUCUCUCCUCGGUUGAUCUCACGUAUUUUUCUUAUAUUCUCUUUUCAAAUCGCUGUUUCUAUCACACAUUGAGUCAUACAUUUGUUUUUCUUUGAAUUAUGUAUCAAAGCAUCACUGUUUUACUAAAAAUGUAUUGAAACUUAUUACAAGUACUAAACCAAGAGUUGAGAACACUUAGUACCAGAAACUAUAUACAACCAUCUCCCUGUGUGAUCAAAAGAUCUACAUAUACCAUUGCUAUGAGGAAAACCUAAUGAAGUGUUAAAAUGAACAGCGUAGAAUUCUAAGCAGUGAGAAAUCUCCAGCCAGAGCAGCAGGGCCAAAGUUUAAGAAGCUUCAAUCAUUGCAAUUGUUUUCCUGAUUCCUCUACCUUCACUUCUGGUGACAACUUUCCUGACAAAGUCAAUCUUCGUUCUUCUUUACGGUUCUCCUCAGAUGUUGUUGCUUUGGAGCAUGUUGCAGCCUCUAAAUUUCUGUUAACCUCACCCUUAAAAACCAGUGUCUGUUUAGCACCCCUCUUGGCAACGGGAUAAGCCUGCAAAAAUAUAUCAACUUAGAGAUGAAAACUCUCAACUGAUGAAACAUUUCGAACUAAUUCAACAUAAAAACCAUGGAGAUAAUGAAAGAUUCAACAUUAUGUAAUUGUC